AUGGAAGAGAUGACUCACAGAGGCUUCUACGCUUCCAAGAAACAGUACAAGAACAAGAUCACAGCUUGGGGGCUGGACAAAAACAACAAGCGUUCCGAAGUCGAAGCCAUGCUGCGUGAGAAGCGCCGUCGCGAAUCCCUUGGUCAAUCCUGUAUCUUCGUCUCACGUGGCUGGCUCGUCGAUACCACUUCCCUCGAGCGCUUCUCCAGACGAGCCCGGAUUUCGUCUCGGAUCACCAAUACGAGGCACGAGAAUCAAGCAGAAGUCGAACUCCCGCCAGACGUCCGCUGCAUACCGCUGCCCUCCUCGCCCAACGCCAUCACCGCCCCCACCGACCUCGAAACCCUCCGCAAACUCUUCCAUUAUACCUCGGUCCUCUUCCACUCUUUCUUCGAUCGCGACUUCACCUCUAUGGUGCGUCGCGACUAUAGCAUGCUGGAUGCCGCCCACAACAUCAUGCUCGAUGCCCUGCGUGCCCUCAGCGUGCAGCAGUACACCCGUGCAGGACCCCUUCUCGACUCUGCGUUCAGCCUCUUCGAUGACAUCGUGACCUCCAACCACCCCAACGGCCUGUCCGUGGUGCUCAAAACCGUCGCGGCCUGCUACCGCCACGGCUUUGCAGACAUUGGCACACGCGUGGCCGACUAUGCGCGAGAAAUGGCGGGUGUGAGGCUUGAUGAGCGGGAUCCGCGCUGGGUACUAUAUCAGAUGUUGCCGACGUUGAAGAUGAGCGAGGCUCGAGGAAAUAAGGGGAUGGUGGUGCCCAGAGACGAGGUGGUCGGUGUCUAUGAAGUCUUUUGCCGGGAUUUAUGGCGGCGGAAAAGACCUGGUGGCGGUGUGCUGGUGCUGCUGUGGUACCCCUCUUUGUUCUGCUGGUGA